AUGUCUGCAAGAGCAUUGUCAGUGCGGAAUAUGCAGAAGGUGAUACAGAAAAGGGAGAAAGAAGUUACCGACCCGCCAGAUCUUGGUCCCGAUGAGAUGAGGUUGUACAGUUACUACAAGCCUAGCCUUGUAGCUGGAAAUUACCAAAUCACUGCUGAACAGAAGAUCACAUCUGCCACCGCAGCCAGUCAAGGCUGGGGUCAACAGACACUGACCAUUAAGAAUACAAAAGUCCGUGAUAUCAAGGGUACGCAUGCUCCACAGGAAUUCGAGGUUGUUGUACCCAGAUUCACCCUGGACCCCGGUUUGAUCAAUAGCUACUAUCCCCCGGAUGGGCAUCAGGAUGAAGGCAGGGUUUUGCCCCAUAUAGUACUCAAUGACCCUCACUACCCCUGGGAGAUCGCGGCAGGCGUCACUGAAAGGAUGAGUGACCCCAUCGAUGGUCCCCACGAAGUUUUGGAUAAGGACAAUAAGCCACUCAAAGACCAAAAUCAGGUUCCGAUACAAGUGUUUCGCUCGAUAGUCCCUUGGAUAGCUCUUGUGGUGUUUGACGCUGAAGACCUUCACUUGAACAAAGUGGAUGACUUGUCCUCCACCGGUUUGUUCAAGAACCCUCAGCCUGAAGACCUCUUGAAGCAAAAUCCUAAAGGCACUUUCUCCAUGACUGUGCAACAAUAUUUGAACCUGCCAUCAUCUUCUAGGGUCAAAUACGAGGCAGAUUCUUCUCUCUUUGGGGAGCUACAAAGCAUGACCAGCAGUGUCGACAUAAUCUUUCCCACAAAGCACAAGUUCAAGGAAAUCUUUGCUUAUGCUGAAGCCACCAAGACAGACAGUCAAACUACCGAGUCUGAUUCCACAAUGGCCAAUGGUGCUAAAGGAAAUUCUACAAAGGUCGACUUGACGGCGCUGGAAGCACACAAGUAUCUUGCGCAUGUUAGGCAUAUUAACACUGUUGGUUUUCCGGAUGCUGGUGUGGAAGAAGAGGGGCUGUAUUCAAUCGUUGUUUCCUCAAGACUUGGAGCGUUUGACAUCGACAAACCUCAGACCCAGAUCUGUCAUCUAGUCUCCGUUGAGCAUGUCGAUUCCACCCUGCAAGAUAUGGGAAUGGAUGAUUCAGGCCGCAUUGGCAUGGUAUCUUUAUUUUCGUGGAUUUAUACUGCUCUACCACCAAACCCUGUCAAUUUCGUGGAUACAGUCCGGAAUCUGGUCAAUAAUCAGCAAAUGCUCUGCGUAGACCAAAACCUAAAGGUCGACGUGAAUAUUCAGACUUCACGAAUAAUGAGCGACAGGUUGAACCAAGGCUACACCCUUUCACGCUGGCGAACUCAAUCUGGAGAGCAAACUGCUGCUUUCAGCAGAGGUCCUCUGGUACCUGGACCUGUGCCACAUCCUAUCGUUAAUGGUCUCCCCGACUGCUCCAACACUUCUCAGGGUUAUCAGAUCCUGGACCCCGAGACGGGUCUAAUGGAUUUGAGUUAUUCAUCAGCGUGGCAGCUGGGGAAAAUCCUGGCGAUAUCUGACACGACGUUCAGCUCUGCAUUGAUGAGGUUUCGGUCUGUUGUCCAUAACGCCAGCGUAGGACAAACCCAAAUGACAGCAAACAACUUGCCUUCGAGUGGGACUGCUCUGGACGCAAUUCUGAGCACUGUAUCCACAUUGAAGACCAUGUCCCAAGGGUCAACGGGCUCUCCAAACCGCAUCAUCACUGGGAGUGACAAGCCUCCCGUGCCAAUUUUGCAAGACCCUGCUCUGAAACCACUACUGCUUGCGAACAUGAGAGAAAAUGCUGUAGCUAAUGCUUCUGCGGGAAGUGGACCAUUUGCCGAGGUUUAUAAUGAAUUCAACAAGCAGAAAGGUAAUAACACUGACUGGGCAGUGAUUCUUUCAUGGAUCUGUGAGAAGUUAAAUCUAGGUGGCAUCCCACCACAAUAUCUCUUGCCAGAACCAGUGUUUCUUCCGCCUGAGUCUCUUCGAUUUUUCCACAUCGACGACUUCUGGCUGGAUUGCUUGAUCGACGGAGCUUUGUCUGUAGCCAAUCACCUUGAGAGUGACGACGACACUACUCGAAGAGAGAUCAAGAAUAUCUUGAACAAAUACCUUUCAGAUGAUGUGAAGCGUGCAGGAUAUCCACCUCAGGUUCCUUGUUAUGGCUUCGUGAUUCGAUCCCAGCUCAUCAAAGCAAUGCCGGAUCUACGUAUCACAGUGACAUGGCAGGCAAUUAAAGACGACAAGGGGGCUAAGUUGGCGGACAAUCGGGCUCCAGUCUGCCGCUGGACGAAGUGGGAUAAUGAGACAUUGCUGUGCCUCCUGGAUCGCGACCCUCAAGAUCUCGAGAGUAUCGUUCUUGCGCAGCCGCCUCACCAGCAGAGAUUUAGCUUGGGUUCCUAUGUCAGAAAAGGCUCCCGUGACAAAGGCAUCAAGGAUCUUGUUGAGUUCGACCUGAGAACUUUGUAUACAACGGACAAACCACUGUGGGGGACCACAGAUCCGAAAAAGGAUCCCUCUAUGGCAACUCCGGACUAUCCAUUUGGAAACACACACGACGAUGAAUGGCCAGAAAAAUUGCUAAACCCAAAGUACAGUCCAGCAACCUGGCUAAACUUCGAGACUCGGGUCUUGAGGGUUAAUACGCUUGCGACAGACAUAAACGCCGCUCUUGCCUUUGGCCCAGACAGUAAAGGCUUUCAAUACAGAGACAAAAUCGCCAAUUCUUGCGAGUUGGGCCUCGAAUUGAAUGACCCAAGCUACUACUUUUGGAUUGAGCCUACGGGCAAAGUUCAGCCCACAGUGCAUAAUCGAAGGCCACCGCGACAACUUUAUGUCUUUGAUUCCGGUAUCACGUCUUUGGAUGCUGCCGAAAAGGCCUUCUCAGACAGCAUCAAAGAUCGGGCCCUACCAGUAUCUCAAGAUCAGAAGUCCACACCUACGACAAUACCAAUGCCAAUACCUGCGCCCAGACCGGCUCCAACACAGAACCCAGACGCAGCAAAGUCUUUAAAGCCACCAGACCAACAAACACGCCUGGAGCCGGUACCUACUUCACGUACUUUUGACGGGUUUAUGAAGAUUCCGGGUUCUCCUCUAACGUCAAGCGCUCUAUUCACGUCGAUUGCUAUCUACGCAGACUACAAGAAGCCUCCUCAACUGCCUCGGAAUACAACGCGGUUUUCGAGAGACGACUACAUACCCGAUCGCAACGUCUAUUUCUUCGAUCUCAUCUUCUCCAUUCGGAAGACGGCGCCCAUGGCUCAAAAUCUGCUCCGCAUUGACGUGGAUAUCCCAACUGCGCCAAACAGCUCGAGCAAGCCAGGCGGCCCAGCACUGUCGAACACCACACCUGGGAAAGAACCACUGCUCGAGGGAGAUUAUUAUGGACCAGGGGUGCGGAUGCUGUCGAAUCAGCGCUUCAUUCCAUUUCUGUUCUUCAAUGGUCCUAGGCGUGAAGGCGGCAAUGGACUCAUGCAUAUUGAACUUAGGCCUAGGUCGGCAGAUGACAAUUACGCCAUCACGACAAAUGAUGCGAGGACGAACGACGUGGGGUUUAGACUAGCGGAGGCACCUAUCUCUAGGGUGUCGAUUCCGUCCAAUGUCAACAUCGAUGGCAAGAACGAUGACUCGAUGGGACGGGUAGAAAUUCAGAUUACAGAAUGGUAUAAGACUACAGCAUAUCCUGAUGGCGAGCCGAUCAGGCAUCCAAUGCCAUAUGUGCUGUUGAAGAGACAAAUUCCGGAUGAUAAGUCUUGGAGCGAAUUCGGCAGUUGA